CAUAAAUGAUAAGAGCAAAGGUCUUUUUAGAAUUCCUUUCACGGACUAUGAGGGAAAUGAAUUAUGGAUUCUUGCAACAGACACUCUGAUAACUGGAGCUCGUGGAUUGUUUCCAUAUUGGGACGAUCUGGCAUUAAAGAUCACUUUUAACAUCUCCAUAAGACAUCGCAAAACUCAGAUAGCUCUCUCGAAUGUGCCGAAACGAAAUUCCGAAAAAGAUGACAUUGGCAUGGUGUGGACGCACUUCGACAUUACUCCUCCCAUAUCUAUUCACGACAUAGCUGUCGUUGUAAUUCCCAAAGUCUUCAAACCUUACCCCGAACAUGAUCAGAGUGAUAAUUUCGUAACAUGGUACAGCACUUUGUCGACAAAAGAAUAUGCAGAGCAAGCACAUCGUGUUGCUCUACGUGUCAUGUCGUUUUUGAGAUCAGAAAACGUAUUGGGUGAAUUGAAAGUUCCGCGAGUUAAUUACAUUGCAGUCCCUGGUUUCCAAUACGAAACUAUUGCGAUAUCAGGCAUUAUUCUUCACAGACAAGAAGAUAUUGUGUACGACAAAACAUUAUCUUUUGUUGCACGAAAAAUAAAUAUAGAUCGCUUUGUAGCACGACAAAUGGCAUUGCAAUGGUUUAUUGGAUCAAUGAAACCAUCGUUGUGGUCUCAUCAGUGGUUAAAUGGAGUAGCUGAAUUUUUUGGCAUUUACGCACUUGAUAAGGUAUACGAAACCUCCAAGAUAAUGAAUUGGUUUGUGGUUCACACAGUACACAAUUCUCUUCACUUGGACGUUGAUAAUCUUAUGGAACCAAUUACAGAACAAAGAAAUACUUUGUUAAAUGCUACGCAUUUUCGUGUACCGCCCUUCAUUAAAGUACCCGUUGUAUUGCGCUUGCUGGAAAAUAUAUUGGGACACGUAUUUUGGUGUGACACAAGGGAAUAUUUAAGAAAAAAGUCUAUAAACGACUUAAAUUUCUGGGCCUGUUUGCCAGUUCUUGCACCAAGUGUUUCAUUAUAUGAGAGUACCUUUAGAGAUCGCAUCUGUAAAAUACCAUCAACAGAAAAUUACCCUUUGUUAAGCGUGAAACAAGAAAAAGAUGAAGAUAUACAAUAUUUAUAUUUCACAUUACAUAUAGACGAGUCUUUUGUCAUAAGAGAAAAAUAUCCAAAAAUUCAAAUUCCUGUUUCUUACAUUGUCACUGUUAAUCUUUUAGAUGAGCUCCGGGAUAAGCCACAAGUGUAUAAUUUUCAGUGGAUAGAACAAGAAAUUCCUCUGAAAUUGGCAGUGCGUCGUGUGUGUGACAGCCACUUCAAACCUAGUUGUCUUAUAGUGAAUGUAAACCAAACUGGAUAUUAUCGUGUCAAUUACUCAGACACUUGGGACAAUAUCGGAGAGUUUCUAAACUCGUCAUUAUACACAAAAAUACCUGUUCUUAACCGCGCUCAAAUUAUCGAUGAUGCGUAUCACUUUGUUGUUAAAAAAACUAUUUCAUCUUCCACAUGGUUUAAACUCAUAUCAUACCUGAAGAAAGAAGAGGAGUAUGAAGCCUGGUACCCAAUGAUCCGAUUAUUUGAAGACAUCUCAGGUUUUCUUCCAUUUGAAGAUCAGAUAAUCGUUAUUGUCAAGGAACAAAUGGCGCAUCUAAUAGAUACACUUUUUCCAAAAAUUGGAUUUAUCAACAAAGAUGACGAAGAUUUAUUUAAAAUAUGUUUAAGAUACGAAGCAAUUAAAUGGUCGUGUCUUUUUAGUAGCGUUACAUGUGCACAUGAGGCCGCUACAACACUGCAAUUAAUUCUCAAUAAUUUAACAGAGGAUAAAAGUCAAAUGUUGCUGUGGAAAGAAUGGAUUUAUUGCGACGGAUUGAGAAAUGUCGAAGGAAGCAUGCAUACAUUGAAUAAAAUACUACUCAAUUACAAGCUGAAGAACAAAUUUAGAGAUGCAUUUUUGAAAUUCGCUCUUUGUUUUCGAUAUGAUACACUGUCUACUUUUUUCAAUGACACAACAUACGAAACUGUUCUACCGUUACAAGAUUCCGAGCGUGCAAUUCUGUUUCAAUCUCUCGUUGCGAGACACGCAAAUAGUCAUAUCGAAGACAUAUUAAAAAAUUUAUUUCUCACAAAACCGAGGGCCAUGAAACCGAGUACGGCAUUAUGUAUUAUUAUUAAUCACGUGUACUCUCACGUUCAACUUUUGAAGAUUCAGAACUUUUUGAAUGAAGUGUUGUAUUACUAUAUAGCUCCUAAUGAUCUGAAUCAAUUUUUCGAGGAAUUUAAAGAAUAUGUUGAUAAGGAUAUUCCACUAAACUUUGGAAAGAUAAACAUAUUUCAAAAAAGAAUUUCGAUGUUGCUUGAAAAGAUAAAAUUACGUUUAUCUCAAAUCAAUAAGCAUAUAAACAGUAUUCAGGAACUCAAGGUAUUGAUUGGAUUAUAA